GAUGGUCUUUUAGAUGCUUAGAGGCUCAGCGAGAUGUUGCACAGAAGCACCUCGUCGAGACGUAGGCGAGCGUCGCGUUCUGCGGCGGCGUCGCCGCAGACGCGGGGGACGCGCAGUGCUGCCACAUCUCCCGGACGUCGCGCGAGCAUUGCGGUGUCGCCGGUUGAUGGGGAACGCGCCUCCAGGAGCAUGUUGGCGCCGGAAAUGAACCGCAGCCCUAGACACAGCAUCAUUCCCGACAUAUCGUUCGAUACUAGAGAGGAUAACGAUGCGCCUAUAUCGCAUAACAGAAGUUCGCGUCAUUGCCUGGCCCCGGACUCCCUAAGCCCGCGCAACAGCCUGGUACCAGACCCUUCCGCGCUUAGAAGUCCCCGCCACAGCCUGGUGCCAAACGACUCUUACUCCCGCUCCCCUCGCAACAGCCUGGUCCCGGACGCAGCCCUCAGCCCUAGAAACAGCCUCACCCCUGUACACGACGGCUACAAUCGCAGCCCGAGAAACAGCCUGGUCCCAGACGCGAAUAGAAGCCCUAGACACAGCCUCACCCCGGAAAACAACGUCUACGGCUCUAGAUUGAGCAUCGCGCAGGAUUACAACCGAAGCCCUAGGAACAGCCUGGUCCCCGAUACAAACAGAACACCCAGGACACCAUCAGAGUCCACGUUGUGGAAUGGAGAGGUGGAAAUCAGCCGCAGUCCCCGGCACAGCAUAGCCCCAGAGGCUCAAAGAAGCCCCAGGGGCAGCAUUGCUCCGGAGAACUUGUGCGUGAAAACCAGCCCCAGGGGCAGCAUUUGCAGCGAGUACGUGGACAGGAGCCCACGUGGUAGUAUAGGGCCCGAAAACGGGGAGAGUAGGAAUUCGAGGGGGAGCUUGGCAAGGAGUAAUUUGGCCACUGAUGAGUGUGGGAGGAGUCCUAGGGGAAGUUUGACCUUGACGUUUCAGGAACCCCCUGCCAAAGAAAGAAGAAGCAGCGCCGAUAAUGCUACAGGGGCCCGACGAAGCACCUCACCUUACAGAUCGGCAUCAAGAGGCACUAUGAACAUGGGUUACAGCGGCAACAGCGGAUUCUCAGAAAUGGGUUCAAGACGGGCUAGCAGUUCAGUGAGUCAGGUGGGCCUGCCGCAGGUGUCCGGUGACGAGCAGAGACGGCUCUGCGCCGACCAAAAGUACGGACCUGCAGAUCCGGGCAUGGGCCUAGGAAUAGCCCUCACCACCUACGGUUCAGUGGCGUACCAGCUCAAAGACGCCAACCUUGAGGCUACGGGGACCUGCGACUUCGUCUGCAAGGCCAUGAGCAUCGUAAACAAGACCGUGGUUGUAACCAUCGUGCUGGUGUGUUUGUCCAUAUUGCCCGUAAUCAUGCUUAUAAUGGGCAUUCAAUUUCUGCGGGACUGUCCGCGCGAGCCCAACAUACCCAUCUACAUGGUAGUGGGCGGGGGAGUGGGCUGCGUGAAAAUGGGCUUGACCCUCUACAGCCAACUUCACACGCGUCGACUGGACGUGGCAACCAUGAACAACGCCACCUCCAUAGGAUCCAAGGUGGCGUCGGUCGCGCUGACAGUACUACUGAUCACGUGGUUCGCCUUGGGCAACUACUGGAUCCUGAGAAUCAAGUGGCCCGAUUACGCGCCGACCCUGUUCGAUCCCAACAGAUGGUGCCACCGCACUCUGUACGUAUUCUCUUUGGUGCACUUGUGCAUCAUGUACUCCUUGAUAGGGAUUGUUGUGCUUCUGGUUGUUGUACUCGCCGGCUGUCAGUUGUUUGGUUGCCCAUGGCUUGGUCCGGCCAGGUACAAAUAGCACAAAAACCCUCCCGACUAUUUCGAGCUGUGGGACGUACCCCGCACUUAUCAUUGAAUUUUUUGCUCAAUGUAGAAAUGUUUUCAUUCGAUGGUAAUUUAUUACUUAAUUUACUCUUAAAGAGUGUCUUAAAAAAAAAAAUCGGAAAAAACAGCCCAUACAAAACAGUAUGUAUCAUUCUAAUCUGGUGCGCACGUGACGUCAAAUGCCCGUUUUUGUGUAUCGUGUACACGGUGCUGUUCUGAGAGGUGAUUCUUGGACUUUCUUUGAAACCUAAUUUUUUUUAUAUUCUUGUUAAUUAGGUCAUAACUAAAAUUUUAAGAGCAAAAUAAAAAAAAUUUGACGGUUUGAAUUGUUUUAAUUGCCGGUUUAUUAAAAAUAUUAUGCACUCUUUCAAUUAUCCAAUUAAAACUGGCGAUUUAAUUUAAAUAUUUAAUAUUUGCAUAACUAAAAAAAAGGUUUU